UCUCUACAGCAAGUCAAACUCUCCGUCUUUUCUCUCUAAAAUCUUUCCUUUUCCUUUUUCUUCUUGAUUCUUUCAUGAACAUAUAUAUAUAUAUAUGUAUACAAAUUUAUAUAUGCACAUAUAUAUUGAUUCUGUUGAUAGCGUAAUGAACCCGAUACGAUUUCCUUAAAUUCUUUUCUUUUUCAUUUUUCUCUGUGAAUGUACUCUGUAUCCCAAAGUCAACAUGCAAAGCAUUGAAUUCAGCCUAAAAUCUUGAGUGAAUAAACGCGUAUAUUUGUGGCGUUGUGGAGAGCUAUACAUACAGUUUUUUUUUUACAACAAAACUAGCGGUGAAGUGAGAAAGAAAAAGAAAAAUAGAAGAAGAUGAAGAAUGAAGAGCAAUCCCGGACUCUGUUUGGGAUUUCUCUCUCUGAGAGACCCAGAUGGAAACAAUUCCUCAUUUGCUCUUCUGGGUUCUUCUUUGGUUAUCUUGUUAAUGGCAUCUGUGAGGAAUAUGUGUACAACAGGCUCCAAUUCAGCUAUGGAUGGUACUUCACCUUUGUUCAAGGAUGGGUGUAUAUAUUCUUGAUAUACUUGCAAGGCUUCACCCCUAAGCAAAUGGUCAACCCAUGGAAGACUUACGUGAAGCUCUCUGCUGUGCUAAUGGGUUCAAAUGGACUUACCAAAGGCUCUCUGGCUUUUCUCAACUAUCCGGCACAGCUCAUGUUCAAAUCCACCAAGGUUUUGCCGGUUAUGGUAAUGGGAGCCUUCAUUCCUGGUUUGAAACGGAAAUAUCCACCUCAUGAAUACGUAUCUGCUGUGCUUUUGGUGGUGGGUUUGAUCCUUUUCACCUUAGCAGAUGCUCAUACUUCACCUAAUUUCAGUGUGAUUGGUGUCUUGAUGGUAUCUGGCGCGUUGAUUAUGGAUGCCUUUUUGGGUAAUUUGCAAGAAGCUAUCUUUACCAUGAAUCCUGCAACAACGCAGACGGAAAUGCUUUUUUGCUCUACCCUCGUUGGCAUGCCUUUCUUGAUCCCACCAAUGCUUGUUACGGGAGAACUAUUUAAGGCAUGGAGUUCGUGUUCGCAGCAUCCUUAUGUUUAUGGAGUUCUUGUAUUUGAAGCCAUGGCAACCUUUAUAGGACAAGUGUCUGUUCUUUCCCUAAUUGCCCUAUUUGGUGCUGCCACCACCGCUAUGGUGACAACUGCCAGAAAAGCAGUAACUCUACUGCUGUCAUAUCUGAUCUUCACAAAGCCGUUAACUGAACAACAUGGGAGCGGACUUUUGUUGAUAACUAUGGGGAUCAUAUUGAAGAUGUUGCCGGAUAACAAGUCUCCUAAGAAGAGAUCCACUGCUACUGCUCCACCACCACCUCCUCCUCCCAUGUUCGAAAACGAAGCUUGCAGUGAAGACAACAGGUUUCAAAUUGGAAUUGAAGAAGCCGAGGAAAAAAGGCGGUUGGUCUGAUAGUUAGAUGCUUCACAUGUAAUUUACUUUUUAUUCAAUUUUAUGGACAUCGAAGCAAUAGCAUAAUUCUCUCCCUUUCUUGCGCGUCGAAGAAAUUUUAGGCGUUACAGGAAUUAUGACAUCUUUUUAACUGGUAUUUUCAAUAUU